AUGUCGGCCGCUCAGCCUCUGCCCUCGAGCGUCAUCAACAAGCAGCCGAUGACGGCCGACGCGCAGUACAUGCAGCAGCAGAGCCAUAUCUUCGUCUUCUCCACGCAGCUGGCCAACAGGGCGUUCGAGUCGGUGGUGCAGAGCCAGUACCCGACCAUCAUCGCUUACCACUGCUCGCAGCCCGGCACCAAGAAGUACCUGGACCGGAACCCGCUGAAGCUGAGCCAGUUCAGCCGGAGUGCGUCAGCGCCGCAGCUCUACAACUGCAAGCGGCCGCGUCUGCCGGACGAGGAGCUGACGCCCGAGCAACGGCACCACCGCGCCUCGCAGCUGGCCACGCUCAAGCGCAUCGGCGAGAUGCUGCUGCCCGAUCAGCAGCACGCGGCGCAGCCGCCACCCAACAGCUGCCAGAUGAUGCCCAACGGACCGGCGUCCAUGUGCGGACCCAACGGGCCCACUGUCUCCAUGAACGGUCCCAUGGGCGGUGGCGGCAUGAUGAUGGGCCCCAACGGUCCGAUGAUGCCCAACAAUGGCAUGGGCCCCGGGCCUGGUGGCGGCCCGAUGGGGCCCAUGGGGCCUGGCGGGCACGGGCCCAUGAUGCCACAAGGCGGCCCGAUGGGCCCUGGCAUGAUGGGGCCGAUGGAUCCGCGCAUGAUGGGCCCGCAGCAGAGGAUGAUGGGCCCCGGCGGCCCGCCCACCUCCAUUGCCGCCCAGAUGGAGUGGCAGCGGCUGCAGAGCGAGUUCUACGACGAACGGCGACGGAAGGGCAUGCUCAACAUGGGUCCCGGUUGCCACAUGGGACCGCACGGACCCGGAAUGCCAAUGGGCCACCAACCCGGCGGUCCCAUGGGUCCACAGGGCCCGAGCGGUCCGAUGGGACCGCAGGGCAUGGGCGGCCCGAUGGGCCCUCAGGGCCCAGGCGGUCCGAUGGGACCGCAGGGUCCCGGUGCGCCGAUGGGUCCGCAGGGUCCCGGCAGCCCGAUGUGCGGCCAGGGUCCGCCGGGCCCGAUGCACCCCAACAUGCGUAUGAUGAUGAUGAUGCCGAGCCGGAUGCAGGGUCCGCCGCCGCCGUACCCGCUGAGCCAGCCUCGUGCCGUCGGCGUGCCGGGCGCGCUGUCUACCGCCCGCAAUACAGUACAUCAACAACUUCGAGGUCAAGAGCUGACCAUCCACAAGCAGGCCAACACGGGCCUGCGGGACGCCGACGUGCGGCCCACCCUCUGUGCAUUCGACGCAGCGCCGCCCGCCUCGCUGGCCGCCUUCCCCGGCGCCCACUCGCCGGCCGCCAUGGCUGGCCCCAUGUGCGCCGGCCUGGCGGCAUGA